AGUAAGACGCGUGCACCUUGGCGACAAUUUAAACACUUGUUGAGCAGAUCGAUUUUAUUGCGUUCUCCGAAGUCCGAUCAGAAACACGUUUCGAAACACGUUGGUACCGCACCCAGAGUCCCCGAUAUGGCAACUGUUUUUCUUGGAACUAUUGUGCACACGAAGUCCUUUAGCGAGUUCGAGUCCUUCGAAAACGGAUUCCUUGCAGUGGACGACAAUGGAAAGAUAAUAGGAGUGGGGCAUGACUACCAGCCGUGGCUCUCGAGCAAUUCGGUCCAGGCCAAGGAUCUGACCGAGAUUCGGCUGUCGGAGCACCAGUUCCUCAUGCCGGGCUUCGUCGACUGUCACAUUCACGCCCCGCAGUUCGCGCAAGUGGGCCUGGGACUGGACAUGCCACUUCUGGACUGGUUAAACACGUAUACCUUCCCGCUAGAGGCGAAGUUCUCUGAUCAGCAAUACGCCCAAGAGGUCUACAAGAGCGUUGUCGAAGCAACGCUCCGCUGCGGAACCACCCUGGCAUCCUAUUUCGCCACGAAUCACCUGGAGUCGACGCUGACAUUGGCGCGGGAGGCGGUGCGCCAAGGCCAGCGAGCGCUCGUCGGCAAGGUCUGCUCCGACUGCAACAGUCCCGACUUCUACGUGGAGACAGCGGAGGAGUCGGCCAGCGCCACUCUGGAGUUCGUGGAAGAGAUGAGGAAUCUCGAAAGCACAUUGGUGCUGCCCACGAUCACCCCACGAUUUGCCCUCAGCUGCAGCAAAGGACUGCUGAAGGAUCUGGGUGACAUAGCGAAGCGAUUCGACCUGCACAUUCAGAGCCACAUAAGCGAGAAUCUUGCGGAGAUCGCGGUGGUGGAAGGGAUCUUUAAGACCAGUUACGCCGGAGCAUACGACGAGGCUGGACUGCUCACUAACAAGACGGUAAUGGCUCACGGCGUGCAUUUGGAGGACGACGAAAUCGCACUCCUAAAAACUCGAGGUUGCUCGGUGGCACAUUGUCCCGCAUCUAACACGAUGCUCAGCUCGGGACUGUGCGACGUCAAGCGGCUGGUAAAUGCCGGCGUGACCGUGGGCCUUGGCACAGACGUUUCGGGUGGAAACUCGGUAUCAAUUCAGGACGCUCUGCUGCGCGCGCUGGACGUGUCCAAGCACCUGGACUUCUUCAAGAAGCAGAACAUCCGCGGAACUGGGGAGGCGAAAACACAAGAUCCCAGCUACGUGCAGCUAAAGUACAAGCAGGCAUUAUACAUGGCCACAUUGGGCGGCGCCAAGGCGCUCUCCCUGGACCACCUGACCGGAAACUUCGCAUUGGGCAAGGAGUUCGAUGCGCUACUAGUGGACGUAAGCGUCAUAGAACAUCCCGUACGGAGGCUGAACGUCGACGAGCUGGUGGAGAAGUUCAUAUACACCGGCAGUGAUCGAAACAUUUUAGAGGUCUUCGUGGCCGGCAAGCGAGUUAAAAAGGAAUGCCAACCAGAAUAGGCGACAAACAUUAAAUGCUGAACCGGAAUUUUGCGUUUAGAUAACCUCCAAUAUACUCUCUCUUUUAUACACUUGGACUGCUAAGAAGUAAAACUAACUUUGUCUUUACUCGUUUUACAUUUUAUACUCGGAACAGUUCUGUACAUAAACUAUACUUUUAGUUUCCAUCAAUUAUAGUUUAAUCACAUAUUGGCUAUAUAUGGGUCAAGGAUAUAUUGUAAUUAAUCUAAUUGCUGCAGAUAAAGUGUAUAUAUUUCAUAUACGAAA